UGCGUGGACGACCGUCGCGCUGGGCGUACCCGCUCCUAAAAUGCCAGUAAGCAGUCUAGAGUGCACUGUACACUGACGCAACAGGCAUCUACGUAUGUAAGCAUUCCCCAGGACCUGUUCAAAGAAGUUGUCUCAGACUUACAUAACACUAACAUCGCACUAGCACAUAAAGGCACGCUUGCAACUGAAACGACUGCUGGGCAUUGCCUCUCCGGGGGCUGUCUACUGGGGAAUAAUGUCUGUCGCGAAAGCUUCUCCGUAACAUGUUUCCCGAGGCAUGCACAUGAGUCAAGACAUUGAAGGCGCAUAAAGGCAUGUCUGAGGUCUAUCUGCAGGCCAUCAAGGUCUCCUGCUCUCGCCCGUUUCCCAGCGUCAUGUUCUACAAAGCGAUCCUGACCUAUGUGGCCCUCGCUCUCCUUGCCACCGCGAGCCCCGUCGCCCGCGCUCCUGGUACUAGGAUUGCGCUGGGGAAACGCAGCACAUUGUCUAAUGCUGACGGGACAUUUAAUCAAGAGAAGGCGAUCCUGCAUGCCAUCAAAGUCUAUAAUAAGUACCAGACUAAUCUUCGGAAGCUGCUAGCGAACACGGGCAGCCUUCCUCAAGGCUCGGAGAUCAAGGAGUUCCUCGCGGUCCCCGCCGAGCUGAAGAAGCGUAACACUGGCUCCGUGUCACUGACAGACGAGGAAGACAACACGGAAUGGGCGGGGGCCAUCACUAUCGGUACUCCCGGCCAGUCGUUUCUCAUCGACUUCGAUACCGGCUCAUCCGACCUAUGGGUCCCCAGCUCUGACUGCACAAGCUCAGACUGCGACGGUAAGAACAAGUACCAAGUGUCGGAGUCUUCGACCUCUUCCAUUGAGAGUGGUAAUUUCUCACUCGCGUACGUCGAUGGGUCGAGUGUUUCCGGUCCUAUUUUCACUGAAACCGUGACCAUUGGUGGCCUUGUUGCGAUGAAUCAGACCUUCUCUCCAGUCACGAUAGUUUCCGACUUUUUCACAGGCGACCCGACUGACGGCAUCUUGGGUCUUGCCUUCCCCGCCCUCUCGGACCUCGAUGCGACUCCCGUCUUCAACACGCUGAUCGAACAAGGUCAGGUAACCAGUGGCGAAUUCGCCUUCAAGCUCACCGAAGAAGGCUCGGAGCUAUUCCUUGGCGGUGUCGAUAAUACUUUGUUCACCGGCGACAUCGAGUUCCACGAUGUCAACCAGACGUCGGGCUUCUGGAAGCUGCCCAAUGCGCAAGCUGUCGUCAACUCCAAUGUUACCAACAACAACUUCAAUACGAUUAUCGACUCGGGCACGACGAACAUGUUCGGCCCGCCGAACGAGGUCAUGCGCUUCUACGAGGCGGUCGAGGGGAGUCAACCCCUUAAUGAGUCCGAGGGUUACUACUCGUUCCCGUGCGAUAGUCCCCCGACCUUCGGCUUCCGUUGGGACGAUGGCAGGCUUUGGCAGGUCGACAGCGCCCACUUCAAUCUCGGUCCAACCUACAACGGCAGCAGCCAGUGCGUCGGUGCACUCGCAGGCGUGGACGUGGGCCUUGGAUCUAAUACCUGGCUGAUUGGUGAUGCCUUCAUGCGCAACGUUUACAGUGUGUUCUCGUUUGAUAAGACUGCUGUCGGCUUUGCUGCCCUCGCUACGUCCCAUAAUAACUCGAGCAGGUAGCAGUGACGUACAUAGCACUGAACGACUGAUUAUUGUAGAAUUAUGGUGAGGCUGUUAUAUGUAUCAAGGCUUUGUUUCUUUAUUUUAUUAUGAUAUUUAUUUCAUUUAGGGCUAAUUAGAACCCCCCUGGUAUUAAUUUUAUGGUUUU